ACUCCAGCAGGGUGGAGAGAGGAGAACAACUGAAUCACCCUGCUCACCACCAGCAGUAAAUGUGUAUCCCUCCAGCAUGCCUGUUUCUGAAAUGACAGCCCUCUGGAACCUGCGAAUAGCCCUGCUCACAGGACUGGCCAUCACUCUCCUGGGCGCAUUCUACAUCUACCAAUCGCCAUCGCCUCUGGAUUUCACCCAACCGCACCGCACAUUACGCAACGGCCUACCUGGACUCGAAUUAUCGCUCAGCCAGAAAUCUCGGAACCCGCCUACUCUCCUUGUGACAGUGGAGAAUAACCACUCGGACACAACGUACACGGUACUUAAAUGGAACACGCCUCUGGAUCCGUACGCACUCGACGCGGGCGUCUUCAACAUUGUAGACGGAACAAGCCACCGCGAGAUAGAACAGGCUAUAGUACACAUUACCCGCAAGAUGCCACCGCCUCCAAACCAGUUGUUGACGUUGGCGCCCGGCAUGCGAGAAGAGGUUGAGAUAGUGUUUGAUAGGCCGUGGAUGCCACAGCGUAGGCCAGCGAUAUACAGGGUCAGUGCUAAUGGUGCAUUCAAGGGAGCAUGGACAAAGCAUCGAGACGAGUUGACGAAAGAAGAGUUGUACGCUUUCGCGGCGAGUCCGUUUAGUGAACGGAGGUUCGCAACGAAUGAAGUUAUUGUGGAAAUUUAAUGGUAAUGCACAUGUAAUGAGAUACGAGGGAGUAAACGCAUAUACGACAUCAAAAUGAAUAAUGAAGCAUCAUCAGUGUAGCUUUG